GUAAAUUAUUAUUUAAAUAAUUUACGUGGAAGUGCCACUAAUUGAAAACCUCAGCUCGAAGUGACAGGAACAGGCACAAUGAGCCCGCAGGAAAAGGAGAAGCGCACUUAUCUCGGAUUCGAUCUCAGCACACAGAAGCUGAAAGCCAUCCUGCUAAACUCAAGCCUGGAGGUUGUCACAUCGGCCGAGGUUAAAUUUGACAGCGAUUUGCCAGAAUUUCGUACCACCGGAGGAGCUAAUCCUGGUCCCAACAAAUAUGAAUUCUUUGUGCAGCCUGUGAUGUGGGUAAAGGCCAUGGACAUUGUCCUGGAUCGUUUAGUAAUGCAGGAAGCCGAUCUGUCCACCGUGGCAGCAAUAAGCGGCUCGGGGCAACAACAUGGCUCCCUUUAUUGGUCGAAGCACGGCAUUACAUCAUUGGAGAAUCUUGAUCCUGACAAGUUUCUUCACAUGCAAAUCGAUGACUCGGCAUUCGUUGUAAAUCGCACACCAAUUUGGAUGGACGCAUCGACGGGUAAACAAUGCUUUGAGAUGGAAACUGCCAUUGGUGGACAUACGGAAAUGGUUCAACUGACUGGCUCAAAAUGCUAUGCCCGCUUCACGGGACCACAAAUACGCAAGAUAUAUCAACAACGUACGCACGCCUACGAAGAUGCCCAACGAAUCUCUCUUGUCAGCAGCUUUCUGGCCUCAAUUUUUUUGGGCAAGGUGGCCGCCAUUGAUUUUAGCGACGGUUCUGGCAUGAAUCUGCUGGAUAUCCGUCAGAAAACUUGGUCCAAAGCUUGCCUUAAUGCUUGUGCCCCCGAUUUGGAUGAUCGUUUGGGCGAACCAGUGAACAGCCUUGCCGUUCUAGGCGAUGUAUCUGACUAUUUUGUACAGCGUUUCUCCUUUCCCACCACAUGCAAAGUGGUGGCCUGCACUGGGGACAAUCCAUCGGCUCUUGCCGGUAUGCUGGUGGACAAGAACUGGCUUAGUAUCUCGCUCGGCACUAGCGAUACCUUAAUGAUGAGUCUCGAAGAUCCGCCCAAUUUGGAAGAGGGUCACGUUUUAUGCCAUCCAACAGAGAUAAACGAGUACAUGGGGCUAUUGUGCUUCAGAAACGGCUCCCUUGUCCGAGAGGCUAUGAACAAAACAGAAGCCAAUGGCAAUUGGGAGAAAUUCAACGAAUUACUUGAGUCAACGCCACGUGGAAAUUUUGGCAAUACGGCCGUGCACUUUAACGAAAUGGAGAUUAUUCCCAAGGCUAAGGGUAUUUUGCGUUGGAAUAAAGACAUUGUGCCCACCUCUCCAGAUGCUGCCAAAGGCGUGAUCAAAUUUAGUUCACCACAGAUUGAGAUUCGUGCCCUAAUCGAGGGACAAAUGCUUCAUCAUCGUUCCAUUGCCGAAGAUAUGGGCUUUCAUUUUGGCAGCGAAACGAAAAUCCUGGCCACAGGAGGUGCUUCCGUUAAUAAAUCAAUAUUGCAAACAAUUGCCGACGUUUUCAAUGCCCCCGUCCACAUUCAGACCGAUAGUGAGGCUGCCCUUUUGGGAGCUGCUUACCGAGCCAGUUAUGCUCUGUACCUGCAUGAACGUGAUCCCUCGAUAGAGAUUGUCGGCUAUCGUGACUAUAUAUUAAGCCUGACACCCAAUCAUCUGCAGCUGGUCUGCGAACCGAACAAGGAUAGCGAAUCGAUUUAUGAGCCGCUUUUACAAAGAUACCGUGACAUGGCCCGCAUCCUGGAAAAUGAAAGUCAGAAGACCCACUGACAAACAACCCAACAUUCCUGGCUUCGGCGACCCUAACAUUCCCUACAACAUUCCAAUUAAUCCUGACUCCGACCACGAAUUUUUUUAUAUACCAUUUGAUAAUACUUUAAGACCUAAGUGCAAUUAACUAGAUUCUACUGUGAUUGACCCAUUUAUUACAAAUUUAUGCGAAACGAUUCGUCAAUAAACUGUCUACAGAACUA